GGUGCAGGGAGACGCCGCCGUGCCGGGGGGUCGGUCCGGCCCGUCCGGAGGUCGGUGCGUGCGGCCCCGUGGCAGCGGCCGCCCCCAUGUGAAGGCAGCCGGCUGCUGUAGCGCUGCCCACGGGCGGCAGCAGGCGGCAGUGCCGGCACGGAGCGGGGAUGGGGCCGGCAGGAUGCACGGACACCGGGCCGUGACACACGGAGCGGGGCGGAGCAGCGCCGGGUCCUGCUGGGUCGGAUGGUACAAUGCGGUUCUGCAGCCAGCCUUCCAUCUCCCGUACCCGGAUGACACGCUGGCCUUUGUUGUCCUCAGCACGCCGUCAAUGUUUGACAAAGCCCUGAAGCCUUUUGUGAACAAAGAACGGUUACAAAUCAUCAGAGAUCCCGUGGAUCAGUGCGUGUGCCAUCAUUUAUCCGGCGUGAAGGAGAUAUUCCCUGAGCAGAAGGUGGAUGUCAUGUUUGAUUACGAGAUACUGCCAAGCCGAAGGCCCAAGUUCUUGGCACAAACAGCUGCUCACGUUGCUGGAGCUGCGUAUUAUUACCAAAGGAAGGAUGUGAAGUUUGAUCCCUGGGGGGAGAAGAAGAUCUUUGGCGUAUGCAUCCAUCCCAAGUAUGGCGGCUGGUUUGCUAUCCGGGGGCUCCUGCUGUUCCCAGACGUUCAGGUACCAUUCUUAGAACAGUCUGCUCCUGUCGACUGUGUGAGCACAGAAGAGAAAAGAACAGAGCUGCUGGAGCUGUUCAAUUUCCACUGGCGGGACGGCCGCUACAGGGACAUCAUUGAAGUGAAGGAAAGGUACUCUGAGGAGCAGAAAACCUACUUUUCCACUCCUCCAAUAGAGAGAUUCAAGCUGCUGGGGCUGACACAUUUCACACAGUAACGUGGUUCCAUGAAGGUGCUGGGCACAGGCAAAGUGGCACUCAGCAGCACCUCUUCCAUACUGCUGAGGAGGAAGGUGUGCUGAUAGGGACUGAAAAUCCAAGCGCUGUGUACAGCAUCUCAAUCCAAACUUCAGCUUCUCAGAUUUAGAGGAAGCACUUACGGUCUGUUCCCUUGCUGCUGCUGCUGAGUUUUGGGAUUCCCAUUAAGAAACCCAUUUGUCCGGCUGGGUGAAGCUGAGACACCCUGGCACUGGGAGAACUCGAGCUGCUGCUUGUUGUAAAAGGGGUUUUUUCCUUAAGAAUGUCUUCUCCCAAUAAUUUUAUGUAAGAUUAACAAAGUUAUUUAUUGCUAUUGCAUUCUGAAGUCAUUUCUUCUGGUCUGAACUUUUCAGAUGCGUCCAGCAUUUCACUGCCCCAUGUUGUAACUCUCCAUCCCCAGGGAACACAUGUUCAGUCCUCAGAAGAACAUUUUUCUGCCUUCCCUCCCUUCUCACGGAGCUGACUUAUUUUAAACAAGGAAUCUUGUAACAGCCCCAUUCCUUAACCCCCAAAAGAAAAUUCUCCGGAGACUGGUUCAUUGGUUUGUGUGGUCCUGUGCAAGAAGUGGGAGGGAGCAAAAGACAGCGAACAACAGCAGCCUCCUCCAGGGUAGUCGUGGAAGGCAAAGGGACAGAGUGAAGGUCACAGCUCAAGUCUGACAUGUUUCCUCUUUACCCACGGUCAGCUGCUCAGAACGAGGUGGAGGCUUUAGGUCAGUAAGAAGCACUCACCCACUGCACAGAGCUGCCUCCUAAAACCUUGGGGAAGAUAGUGUGAAAGCCAGGCAUCACGCAGCAAGAUAACUAACAGAGAGAGUCAGUUCUUGUUACCUUUCUCAAAGGUGGAUGAGAAUUUACUUUCCAGUACCAGUAAUUUUCCAUUUCCAGUAAUACCACAGCUGUUAUACUGUAGCUUCCUGUUGUACUUUCUAGAUGAAGGAGAUCAUAAAGUUACAUGCAUGUAAAACAACAGUACAUGAAAUGCUGCUGCACUCAGACAUAAGAAGAGAAAAAAUGCAGCCAAAAUCCACCUCCUGUUGCUGGUUGAUAUGUUGCCAGAGAGACUUUUUUAGGUGACUUGUGUCAGAUUCGUUCAUAGGUCACAGUGACAGGGGAACGAGGAAUUAAUUUACCUCAGAGCACCUAACGAGGCUUAUGCCUUGUUAAUAACAGAGUACGUUAAAAUGAUGCUUGAUGGAGGGUCUGUUACUUAACUGCAGCGCAGUGCUGAGCACUUUCUCCCUUUGGUACCAACAUGGUUAUGCAGAACUGAGCCCUUUAUCCCUCUCAGAGACCCAGGCACUAAAGCUGCUCAUAAUAAGUCAGUGCUUGAUGGACUUCUUUGUAGUCUGUAUAGUGAAUCAUAUAAUCAAAACUCAGCAUAACUUGUCUGUUAUUCCUCUAAACUGAGCAGCAAGCAUUUGAUCACUGGCUUUGUUCAAUGCUUGUUGUUAGAGAACCACAUUUGUUACUUCCCAUGUGCUGUUUGUUAGACAACUGACAAUGUAAUUGUUCUUAAGUUAAAAAUAAUCAAAUUCAAUUAUUUAAAUUCUAUUUGUUAUGGAUCUACUGCUGCUUGAAAUGGUGGUUAACCUGCCAGAGGUUCCCAGCUCAACUGGGAUUUAACAGGGACUGGAGCUGAUGGCUCGUAGUAGUAAUGUAUAUAAAAUACUGACCUCCCUUAGAAGGAUAAACAGUGAUGUUCCCAGAGGGGUAAACAGUGAUUCUCUUAGGAGGAUAAAUAGAGGAUGGAAGGUGAUUUAUAGUUUUACAUAAUGGUUUAAAAUUAAAAAAUAUUUUUGAUGAUUUCUUAUAAACAUUAAGUAUUUUGUCUUGUUACACUCACUAAAAGAUCACUGUCACUGUUCCUUUGUGAUUUGUUGGUAAUUUAUUUCCCUUACAUGGCACUUUGAUUAAUAAAAUGUACAAAGGUACAAUCAUCCU